AUGCGGCGAGUUUUAGAAGAACCCCCUGAGAUACUCACUUGUAGCAACUGGAAAUCAUGGAAGAAUGAGAUCAAGAAACACGCUCGAAAAGAGGGGGUCUGGAAGUACUGCAACCCCGAUGCCCCAGCUGAAUACUACCCCGAGCUCCAUGAACCCGAAAAACCACACAUUUCUACCGUUUGA